AUGCCAGCACUCGCUUCUCUCACCAAUCCCGUCUCGCCUCCAUUCCCUCUUGACCACACCUCCGCUCUCAUCAUGUCUACCCUCGACGGCAAAGAUCCGACCCGUGUCGCUGCUGGCCUCAAGGCAGCUAUGCACAAUCCGAACGUCUCUGCAGAAGCCAAGGAUAAUGCGGCUCAACGUCUCGAGGAGAUCGUCGUCGGCGCUGAGACCAAUGUUGGGAAUGAUCUUUCCACUCGUGAGGCGGCCGGUUACAAGGCGACACUAUCCAAUCCCAACGCGAGCUUGCAGGCUAAGCGCCAUGCGGAGGAAGUCCUCGAGUCCGGCACUACGAGUGAGAUGACCGCCGGAGGCGGCUCUGACGACCUACACCAGACCCGCGUCAAUGCGGGCUAUAAGGCAACCAUUAACAACCCUAAUGUCAGCGAAGAAGCCAAGGAGCACGCGCGUGACUAUCUUGCUGAGAACGAGUGA